AUGGCGAGCAUCACUGAUUCCUGCCUUACAGACGCAAACUUGCGACAGGCUGCCGAGCAGCAACUCACACAAGCCGCUGAGACCAACUUUCCGUUGUAUCUUGCCACCCUAGUUCAAGAGCUCGCCAACGAGAACACACAAGGCUCCAUCCGAGCAGCCGCUGGUCUCGCCCUAAAGAACGCUUUCACCGCCAGAGAUUUUGCCAGACACCAAGACCUACAGACAAAAUGGCUGCAGGGCACAGACGAAGAGACCAAAACACAGGUCAAGAACCUGACCCUGCAAACACUAGCCUCGUCCAACGCGCAGGCCGGUCAGGCUGCUGCUCAGGUCAUCUCUUCUAUUGCUGCCAUUGAGCUGCCCCGCAACCAGUGGCAGGAUUUGCUGAACAUCCUGGUCAAGAAUGUUAGCGAAGGAAACGAUCACCAGAAGCAGACGUCUCUGACUACGAUCGGUUACAUCUGCGAGAGCCAGGACCCCGAUCUGAGGACUGCCUUGAUUGGCCACUCCAACGCCAUCUUGACGGCAGUUGUACAGGGUGCCCGCAAGGAAGAGGCCAACCUUGAGAUCCGCCUUGCCGCCAUCACUGCUCUUGGCGACUCCCUCGAGUUCGUUGCCAACAACUUCAAGCAUGAGGGCGAGCGCAAUUACAUUAUGCAGGUUGUCUGCGAGGCCACACAGGCCGAGGACACGCGGAUUCAGCAGGGUGCCUUUGGGUGCCUCAACCGUAUCAUGGCCCUCUACUACGAUAACAUGCGCUUCUACAUGGAGAAGGCCCUGUUUGGUCUGACCAUUCUCGGCAUGAAGAACGAGGAUGAGGACGUCGCCAAGCUUGCUGUCGAGUUCUGGAGCACGGUUUGCGAGGAGGAAACUGCCAUUGAAGAUGACAACUUGCAGGUUGAGAGCUCCGACCAAAUGCGCCCCUUUUACAACUUCGCUCGCGUCGCUGCCAACGAGGUCGUUCCUGUCUUGCUUCAGCUUCUGACCAAGCAGGACGAGGAUGCUGGCGAUGACGAGUACAACCUUGCCCGUGCUGCCUACCAGUGCCUGGCUCUAUACGCUCAAGCCGUUGGUGGCGCCAUCAUCCAGCCUGUUCUCCAGUUCGUCGAGGCCAACUUGAGGCACGAGGACUGGCACCACCGUGAUGCUGCCGUCUCUGCCUUCGGCGCUAUUAUGGAGGGUCCGGACGAGAAGACUCUGGAUCCCAUAGUCAAGCAGGCAUUGCCGAUCAUGAUCAGCAUGAUGGACGACAGUUCACCCCAGGUCAAGGACUCAACGGCGUACGCACUUGGUCGCAUCACGGAGAGUAUCUCUGAUGCCAUCGAUCCGGCCACCCACCUUGACCCUCUCGUCCGCUCUCUGUUUGCUGGUCUCAUGAGCAACGCGAAGAUCGCCUCGUCGUGCUGUUGGGCACUCAUGAACCUCGCAGAGCGCUUCUCUGGUGACUACGGUGCGGAGCAGAACGCCAUGACCCCUCACUUUAACACCAGCGUCACCAACCUCUUGGCUCUCACUGCCCGUCAGGACGUGGACUCCUACGUCCGCGUCGCUGCCUACGAAGUCCUCAACACCUUUGUGCAGCAGUCAGCUACCGAGAGCCUGGCUCCUAUCGCCUCUCUCUCUGGCGUGAUUCUCGAGCGUCUUGAGGGCUCAAUCCCCAUGCAAUCCCAGGUUGUCAGUGUCGAGGACAAGAUCAUGCUCGAGGAGAUGCAGACGAGUCUUUGCACAGUGCUCCAGGCCAUCAUCAUCAAGCUUGACAAGGAGAUCAUUCCCCAGGGCGACCGUAUCAUGGGCGCUCUGCUCCAGAUUCUCAACUCUGUCGGUGCCAGGUCCAGUGUCCCCGACUCUGCCUUCGCUGCCAUCAGCGCUCUUGCCAACGCCAUGGAGGAGGACUUCAACAAGUACAUGGAGGCUUUUACCCCGUUCCUUUACAACGCUCUGGCGAACCAGGAUGAACCCAGUCUCUGCUCCAUGGCUAUUGGUCUUGUCAGCGACUUGACCCGGUCCCUGGGUGAGCGCAGCCAGCCGUACUGCGAUAACUUCAUGAACCACCUCUUGAACAACUUGAAGAGCACUACUCUCUCCAACCAAUUUAAGCCUGCUAUUCUGCAGUGCUUUGGUGAUAUCGCCGGCGCCAUUGGGGGCCACUUUGAGACGUACCUGGCCGUCAUUGCUCAGGUUCUCCAGCAGGCUGCCACGGUCAACGCCACCGCCGACGGCCCCUACGAGAUGUACGACUAUGUUGUGUCCCUCCGCGAAGGCAUCAUGGACGCUUGGGGCGGUAUCAUUGGUGCCAUGAAGUCCAGCGGCAAGACUGCUGUCCUGCAGGAGCAGGUGCCGCACAUCUUUCAGCUUCUCAGCCAGAUUGCUAGCGACAUGAACCGUAGCGAGGCUCUCAUGCGGGCAUCCAUGGGUGUCAUUGGUGAUCUCGCCGAUGCUUAUCCCAACGGGGAGCUCGUUGACGUCUUCCGCCAGGACUGGUUGACUACUCUCAUCAAGGAGACCAAGACCAACCGCGAGUUCCAGCCCCGGACAAUCGACACUGCCCGCUGGGCUCGCGAGCAGGUCAAGCGUCAGCUCGGCGGUGCGUCCAGCAUCAUGGCCCAGGCCUAG